GAUGGCAUCAAAUUCGGUUCCCAAAUACUUGGUUGAGUGACAGAUGAACAUCGUCGUUUUCCCGGCACAAAGACUCCCCUUUUAUAUAGAUACCACACGACGCUUCAGAGUCUGGUCCUGGCAUCACCUCACCUUACUACACCACCAACCCAAAAUGGCAUCCACCCCAGCACACCUGGAGCCCUCCAAGCUCGGAACAAGAGAAUACUGGGCCACCCUCUACACAACCGAACUCACAAACAAUGCCCAGAACCCAGAAGACCGCGGCACAGUCUGGUUCGACGACUCGGACGCCGAGUCCAAGCUCCUAACCUACCUCGAAGACCUCACAGAGUCCGCCCCCUUCGACCACUCUCUCCGCCAAGCCGACGCCACCUUCCUCGACCUCGGCUGCGGCAACGGCUCCCUCCUCUUCGCCCUCCGCGACGAAGGCUGGGCCGGCCGCGCCCUGGGCGUCGACUACGCCCCGCAGAGCGUUGAGCUCGCGCGCCGGAUCGCGGCGCAGAGACAGCAAGAUGCUGCUACUGCUACCAAGGAAGACGAGGACAUGUCGGACGCGCCGCCCGCCGGGGGUGAGGACGACGAGGCGGACGCCAGAGAGCCAGAGUUUGAGGAGUGGGAUGUCCUCAACGGACCCUGGGAAAUCGUGCUCAACGGACCCCAAAAAGACGGAUGGGACGUCGUUCUCGACAAGGGUACCUUUGACGCAAUCUGCCUGAGCGACGAAAAGGACGCGCAGGGCCGGCGCAUCUGCGAGGGGUACAGGGGCCGCGCGCUCCGCCUCGUCAAGCCUGGCGGCCUGCUCCUCAUCACGAGCUGCAACUGGACAGAGGAGGAGCUCAGGAAAUGGUUCGAGAGCCCUUCUAACGAGGGAGAUGUGGGCAAGUUUGUUGCUGUGGGCAAGGUGGACUACCCUAGCUUCACCUUUGGCGGAGCCAAAGGCCAGACCAUUAGCAGCUUGUGCUUCCAGAGGCAGGCGUAGCAAGAGCAUCACGCGACGAUGAGUUAGACGAAUAACAAGACCUUCAAGAUACCCCACACAAAAUCGUUAGUCACAACGGCACUA